GUGAGCCCUCUGCUGACGGGAGGAACACUCUGCUCCCAGGUCAGGGAAACAUGUCCCGUCGGAAACAGACCACUCCUAACAAAGUUCACUUGAACAUUGCUCUUCUAUCUGCAAUACAAGUGAUUGUAUCUCCAGUCUUGGUCUUGGGGGAAGCUGCCUGACAAACACUCUACCGGUGGGCAUGAGGUUGAGGUUAUGGCAUCAGGUAUGCCAUGGAGAGCAAUUCUGGGACCUGUUCACCUCCUUUACAUGCAGUACGUUGCUGCAGAGCAACUAUUCAGCAGGAGCCAUCAGGACCAGCAAGUAGGACUACAAGAAAAUAAAGGGACCGAAAGAUACCAGAAACAUGUCAAUGAUGAUGUCUCCACCUUGGGAUGGAAAAUCUUGUCUGUCUUAUGAUGAACACCACGAAAUCGUUGGGACUUCUCUGUCUACCUAGCCUGCUGUGUGUCUGGAGGGCCCAGAAAUGCCGUGCAGUGCCCUGACGAGGAUAAUCGGAGAGAGCAUCGGCUCCAAGAACGGGGUGAGCCAGCAGAAUGAGGAGUCAGGCUGAGACAUAGCAGACACGUUACUGGGACUUCUUCACAGGGACUGCAGUGGUUGGGAGGAGAGGAAUGAAAGGGACAGCAGGUAUGCAGCUUUUUACACAGUUGUCUGCAGCUGGGGUCUGAUUUGGCAGGCUCUGGGGCUGGGGAAGUGCUUUUUGGAUUUGCAUAAAUACAACUGUGAAUAUCUGACUGGACAAAUUUAAUGGGAGGAUGGUGCCUACUUCUUCCUUGCAUGGCUACUCCAUGUUCUCUUCUUGGACUCACCAGGGCAAGCGACAGCUGCAGAUCUCCUCUCCCUGGCUUGCUUGGUGCUUCCUCUUUCCAGGGUUACUUUCCAGGCUUGGCAUGGCCCUCAUUUCACCUUGCUCUCACAACAACAUGGUUUGCUGUCCUCACUUAGCACAGAAAUGUUUUGUUUGGCAUGCAGAGUGACCGGCUAGGAGAUUGUGUUACAAGUCAAAAGAGUUUUAAAUGGAAGUUGAUGUGUAAGGAAAUUCAAAGUAAUACUGAAGCAAUGGUAAAACAAUUAUAAAAAUUACUAUUAUCACUAAAGUCUCAUUGUGCAUGGUGGCCAGUGCUGCAGUUUUAAUUGUAGUCAUUUCUCCUGCAGCAUGUAAUUGGCUCUUGAUAAUUUAAUUUUGUUUUGCCAUGUGGUGCAUGAAAAACACACCUGACAAAGUGCUAAAAAAGAGAACAGUAACAGUGGAAUAUAUUUACUGAAAAAUACAAUACAGUUAAGUUGUUUCUGUGGAGUAACCUUAAUUGAUUCAAUUUGGUCUUUAUUGUCUCCCAGAGUCUGAAGUAGAAAAGUAUAAAAACUCUCUAAGCAAUUCAUCUGCUCUUGCAUUCAAGCCCAUCUGUUGCUGCACUGUCACCCCAUCAGUCGUGGACCACUUGCUGCUUUGCACUUGCCAAAAUUUGCUGCAGGUGUUAGUGUGCACUUCUCUCUCCCUGCCAUCCAUGAGCUGCUUUGCUUUCUAUUGCUUGUGCCCUCUGCAACUGAUGCUUAUUUUAGAACUCUGGAGAACAGCUUCUGUUAGUCAGAUUAAUUCCUGCUUCCGAGCUCUAUUUAUCAUGGUCCUAAUAUCCCAUUAAUCCUCUAUUUGCUUCCCUCUCUCUCUGACACACACAUAUUCUGUGCUCCUUGGAUUCUGCUGUCUAUAAUAUUCCCAGUUUGAAGAGGGAGUAUCUUGCAAGAAAUAGCACCCAGCAUUCUCAACCAAGCAGAAAUGUUACUUGCAUCAAAACCCUUGGUUCUGAAGGGCUCCGUGGGCUGCCAUUGUUAACCCUUUCAAUUGUGUUGUUUUUCAUUUCAGUAACCACUACAGCAGUGUGGACAACCCAGAAUAGCCAUGGGGCAGGUGGAAUAGAUCCACAGUGGUGGAAAGACUUGCAAAUUUCAGGUCCAGGAACACAGAGAAGACCUACACGAACAGGGACUUUUAAAUUGGUGUACAAGGGGGAAUAAAGUGACUAAUCUCUGAGAGACCUUUCUGUUUAGGAAAGAAGGCAGGGGAAUGAUGCAGUUCCUUUGGAUUUUGUUUUGUGGAUUUUGGGGUGGGAGUUGUUUGUUUGUGUGUUUAUUUUCCAGAACACCUGAGAGUUAUCCUACAUUCAUACAGUUGGAGAAGGGAAGGGCUCAGGGCUGAUAACCCAGCAGACCCUAACAGUCAUGCCUAUCUCUGUUGCUCAGUACCACAGGGCUGUCCCCUACCUCCACCGCUGCUCACCUGGUAUCCCACUCAUUCACAGGAGUAUGGAGAGGAGAAUGGAAUACAAAGCAGAGGCAUUUGUGUGAUCUCUCAUCUCUAGCUGCUUGUAAGCAACUUCAGUGACUUGUUUUGGUGUUGUGGUCAGCCUGCAGCCCUUUUUGUAUUUAAUAAAGAAACUUCUGGAGAAGAGUCUGUGAAUUCACUAUUGAGCAUAACAUCCUUUAUUUAUGGCAGUGAUGCUAAAGCUGUUGCCUGUCUUACUCCCCUUCCAAAUGAAUGGAAGUGAACCCAAAGCGGGGUGGAGGGAGGGAUGUAAGUGGCUAUAUGGGAGCAUGUGUGUGCAGAAACAACAAAAGCACAAUCCUGUACUUAUCAAAUGUUAAAGUGCUAAGGCUUCAUCAAAGUAGGACUUAGUUCAUCAGUAGGUGAACAGGACACUCUUUGCUAAGUCAUUUUGGGCUCUAUUAUUAUAACACAUAAGAAAUUCUGUGCAAGCUGAAGACAGCAUUUUUACAUGUUUGAGUUUCCCAAUCCCGUGAUGGUUUUGGAUUCAGGCUGUGGAGGAUGCACAGGGUGUCCCUGCUAACAGCACGGGUUUGGUUAACAGGUUGCAUUGCUGGCUGUAAGCUGGCUGUUCUCUGCACUGUGCUGAGUCAAUGCUCACUGGGCUCUGGGGGUGUUGUGCCCCUGGCACACACAAUUACUCUUGGUUACUGUGACUGAUGCCAGUGUUCCUGAUGGGAGGAGUUCCCUCCUCUGUCACCUGGAUAGAGAUCCUAGCUCUUAAAUCCUGCAGACUGUCUGCAUGGCUUGUGUAACUGAGCAGGAACCUGCCUGCCUUUGGACUCCAGGCUGCUGCUCAGUGGGAAUGUAAUCUGGAAGGGAAGAAAACAAACACAGCUGCUUCCACGAGAGCUGCAGUGGCGUUUGGGAAUCCCAUUUUGGAACUCUGUCACAGGUAGCACAUCUCCCACCGUAGUUUUAUAUCUGUCCUGCGUUCUGCAGGUUUCCUCAUUUCACCAUGCUUUCUCUUUCUCUUGCAAUGCUUUUUUGGUCUCUGGGCUUUUAUCCUGGUGGUUUGUGGGUAUCUGCUUCUUGGAGAGGCUCUGGGAUUAUGUGUGUCUGCUGCUCAUACAGUCUGUAUCUCAGUCCUACCAACGUGAGGCUGUGAUCCAGGCAUAAAAACACAACUCCAGAUCAUGAAAACCAUUUGGUGCUGGAAUGGCUUCUGAAGGGGCUACGUGUAUCACAGCAGUCAUGACAGUACCUGUUGCUUUCAGUGACAAAUAGACUUGGGGUGCUUCUCAGCACCUCUCCUCACAUGCAUGGAUUGUGUUCUCAAGUUGUCUCUACAGAAACCUUUCUCACAUUUCUAAACAGAAUGAUAAAAACCUUCAAAUGCUUUUGGAAACCUCCAUGGGGACAUUGGGAACUAAAACUCUUCUCCCACAGUCUCUGUGAAACUUCUGAAGGUCUUUGAAAUCUUCUCUAAAUUAUGGCUUUUUAAAGCCCUGCCAAAAUGGUGAGGUAAGCCCCAGGAAAGGCAGGGAGUGGGAACACAGAGCAACACUGACUGGAACAGUUCAGCAUGUGAGAAUGUGCCUGUCCUUGUAACAGGACUGGUGCUCUCUCGAGAAUUCAAUUCCCUGGUUAUACUGAUGCCAGCUGUGGCCCAGUAUUAAAAAGUAGCAUUUUCUUCUGAAAGCUGUGUUUUGAUUUUAUUUGAAAAAUGCACUGCAUCUUCCUUGGCAUUUUUGCAUUUGUGCUUUGAAUGGUCCUUAAGCACUUAAAAAUCAGUUGAUAAAUGCAACCCAAAAGCCAGCCUGCUGGGAACUUCAGCAUCUUUGCCAGGCCUCCCAGCUCAUCCACUGAAAAAGGUAAAUCACAACUACACCUGGAACAAAGUAAUUUGUUUGCUUGAAUAUGAAAAUUAAUGGUUACCUUUUAUUGUUAUUCUCUGGAACCGAAAGUUAUCUCGAGUGGGGAUUGCUGAAAGUUUUCUUUCAGAGAAGCACAAAUAACUGCUUUCUUAAAAGGUGUUUGUCAUUUCCUGUUGAGCUGAGAUACUAGCGGUCAGUGCUUUCAACAGAACGGGCUGUUUUAUCCUGAACGUGCAUCUCAGCUCUCAGGGUUCCUUCCCUUGGGUUGCUGUUUUGAGCACAUGAAGUGCCACUGAGAUUCUACUUUAGCGAGAGCCAUUUCUGGGCAAGGCAAGGUAGUGGAGCAAGUCAUCCAUCGUAUGCACAGGAGAACAUCAGCUCCAAGCACAAACACCUUCUACAGGGACAGCUUGUCCUUAUCCCUCCUGGAACAGAAGGAGGUGACAGAGCAUGCCAAGAACAGCCCCUAGUUUUGGUAUUACUGUGGAGGGCAGGUGAUGUACCAGACCCUUAGGGAGGCUCUAUUUUUGUGCAAGAUGCCUGUUAUAGCAGGGAAUAGGACUUAAUGAUUUAGAAGAGCUAUAUAGUAUCUGUAUCCCUGAUCUGGGAUACUGUCAUAGUCCCCAGGGGCUUUGCCCAGCCUAGAGCUGUGCUGUAGGAUAUUGGUGGACAACUUGUCAGCAAAAGCCACCUGGCUAUCUAAGGCAGGUAUAUGGGUCUCGCAGGUUUUUUUGUGGCUGGAGCAGCAUAUACAGCGUAUGCAGGGGGCAGGCCAAUGCUGGACAUUGCCCUAGUGAGACUGUUCUAUACCCAGGCACUGGACUUGCACCAGUAGGUGCCAGAGGCUGGUGUGGCAGGGUAGGCAGAGAAGUGACCUAAGUGCUUUCCAAGAGGUGACUCCAGAGGUUCUGCACAGUGCAGGUGAGCAGCCCUAUGCCUGUUGCAUUUUUGGCAAGCUGUGGUGGUGAACACGAUGGAACAGCACUGGUCUGACUCUUUGUCCUUGUGGCUGCCAGGGGAGCAAGUCUUUGCAGGGCUGGAGGAGCAAGCCCGCCAAGCCAUGAUGAAAAACAACUUUCCUGGAGCUCUUGGGGACCAGAGGCCAGCCAUCCGUCCGCUGCAAGACCCCGACUCCAGCAGCAGUGGCAGUGAUGAUGAGGAAACCACCCAGGAUGAAGUUUCUUCCCAUACAUCCGAGGAGGAUGGCUCAAUGGUGAAAGUGAAGAAGGAAUUGGAGAAUGCAGAACGACCCAUGGCUGGAACCCCACUGAUGAGAGAAAACGAGGUGCCCGAGAGUUUGCACACUGACCCCAUGCUGGGACUGUCACAGUGCCCCCUCUGCCAGCUGGAGUGUGGAAGCAGAGAGCAGCUUAUUGCUCAUGUGUACCAGCACACUGCAGCAGUGGUGAGUGCCAAGAGCUACCUGUGUCCUGUGUGUGGCAGAGCCCUCAGCUCACCGGGGUCCCUUGGGAGGCACCUCCUGAUCCACUCAGAGGACCAGCUGUCCAACUGUGCAGUGUGUGGAGCACGCUUCACCAGCCAUGCCACCUUCAACAGUGAGAAGCUGCCGGAUGUGCUCAGUGCAGAUCGGCUGCCAGCGCCGCAGAGCCAGGGCCCCUCCGGAGCCGAGGGGAAGGACGUUGCCUUUCGCACCCCCGUGUACCCCGCGGGCAUCCUCCUGGUGUGCAACAACUGCGCCGCGUACCGCAAGCUGCUGGAGGCGCAGAGCCCCAGCAUGCGCAAGUGGGCCCUGCGGCGGCAGAACGAGCCCCUGGAGGUGCGGCUGCAGCGCCUGGAGCGGGAGCGCACGGCCAAGAAGAGCCGGCGGGACAACGAGACACCCGAGGAGCGGGAAGUGAGGCGCAUGCGGGACCGGGAAGCCAAGCGGCUGCAGCGCAUGCAGGAGACAGACGAGCAGCGGGCGCGGCGGCUGCAGCGGGACCGGGAGGCCAUGCGCCUGAAACGCGCCAACGAGACCCCUGAGAAGCGACAGGCCCGGCUCAUCCGGGAGCGUGAGGCCAAGAGGCUCAAGCGGCGCCUGGAGAAAAUGGACAUGAUGCUCCGGGCACAGUUUGGCCAGGACCCCUCUGCCAUGGCUGCUUUGGCAGCUGAGAUGAACUUUUUCCAGCUACCAGUGAGCAAUGUGGAGCUGGAGAGCCAGCUGCUGGGCAAAAUGACCUUUGAGGAGCAGAGCAACAGUGCGCUGCAGUAAACCACAGCCACGAAUGGUGCUGCCUCUGCUGUGCCUGCCCCAGGUGCACUUAGCAGGCUUCUGCACUCAGGAGGUUGCUGGGGGUCUCUCUGACCUUCCCUGACAGGUGGUUCUGGUUCUCCUCUGAACCAGAGGAGGAGAACAGAGGAGAGAGAUGUCUGCCAAAGCAGCUCUGGUAGGAGCAGAUUCUGAGUAUACGGUCUGCUCUGGGGGCCAAGUCACAGCCUGUGACAGAAGGAAAAUAAAUUAAUGUUCACAUUUA